AUGAUCCCAAUGCUUGAAGCGGUGACAUCCCUCGUUCCAGUGGACAAGAUUGCUGUCCAUUUUCAUGAUACCUACGGCGAAGCACUCCCAAACAUUCUGGUGGCCCUCCAAAUGGGAAUCAGUGUAGUGGAUUCAUCUGUGGCUGGUCUGGGUGGAUGCCCCUAUGCAAAGGGAGCUUCUGGGAAUGUUGCCACUGAAGAUGUAGUAUACAUGCUACAUGGUUUAGGCAUACAAACCAACGUGGAUUUGGGGAAGCUUAUGGCUGCUGGUGACUUCAUUUGCAAGCACCUGGGGCGUCAGUCUGGAUCUAAGACUGCCUCUGCACUGAGCAAGGCCAGCUGA